AUGAUGCUGACGAUGAUGAUGUUGAUGAUGAUGAUGAUUCGGAUGUUGUUGAUGAUGAUUGGGAUGGUGAUGAAUCGGAUGUCGAUGAUGAUCCGGAUGAUGAUGAUGAUGAUGAUGAUGAUUAGGAUUAUGAUGAUGAUGAUCGAUUCGGAUGAUGAUGAUGAUGAUGAUGAUGAUGGUGAUGAUGACUAUAAACCGGAUGAUAAUGAUGAUGAUAAUUAUUCGAAUGAUGACGUUGAUGAUGAUGAUGAUUCGGAUGAUGAUGAUGAUGAUGAUUAUGAUGAUGAUUCGGAUAAUGGUUCGGAUGAUGAUGAUGAUAAUGAAACUCAUGCCUUUUUUCCAGCUAAUUUCAGAGUUGCACUUAGUCGACAGGCGGUGUCAAUGUGCAUGCGUGUUUGUUUUCACAAGGUUCCUCUGUGCAAGUUGCAUUUGAAAAUCGAAAGUCAGAAUGGAGUGAUACAACUUCUGAUUAUCGAAGCCAAGGGGUUACGAAGCUGUACAGACACUCCGUGCAACUCGUUCGUGAAAGUCACAGUCGUACCGGACAAGACAAACACGUUCACACAAUCGACCCCGAUUGUGGAAUCCAAGGCAAAUCCCGUAUACAACAAGACCAUCACACUGGAUUUGAGUAAAGCGAAACAUUCCCGACGGAUUGUGCUCACCGUGUACUGUCAGCAAACUUUGAAUGGAGAGAAGUAA